AUGGAUGAAGCUGACUCCUCGCCCGGGAGCAGUUCAGGUCCAGGAGCAACCGAGUGUAUUCAAAGGGUUCCGACGCUUGAGCACAACCCUCCAGUUUCGGCUAAAAGCUCAAAUCCUAAAGAACAAUUAUCAUUUAUUCAAAAUCAAUUACAGGAGUACCGUCAAAAACAGAUGGACUUGUUGGGACACUAUCAUCGGGCUCAACAAGAGCUCAAUGUUCAGCAUCUUCAAAAUGUCUAUGCCGCACUUCAGCAGUCUCAGAUACAAGCCGAUAGAAAUCAUGCGGUAGCAGUAGGUUCAAGAGAUGAUUCAGGACCUGCUGCUCCGCUGUCGUUGGCCUCUUCGCUCACAAACCUUCUUGCAAAUGGCAAUGGCUCAGUGCCACAGACACCGACAAAAGAAAAGGACCAGCCGGCAUUCUCGACGUCAUUGAAGAAAUGUGACAUUCCACGAACCAAUUCGACUACUAUCUCACAACAUACCAAAGAGCGAAUCAAGAAUAUGAUCGCGAAUCGUAAUCGUGGCGAAAGCGCCAGUCAAGUUAAUCUCACCGGAUCAUCGAACGCCAUCAAUUCUUCACAAAACGGAACUCAUGUGAACGUUUCAUCGCCGCACUUCGAACCGUAUCGCGUUCCGUCGAACUUCGCAACAGCUCAAACAGUGCAAGCAAGCGAUUUCCAACUAAGAAAAGUGAACUCCGAGCCAAAUCUGAAAAUGAGAAUUCGCGCAAAAUUGCUAUCAAAAGGAUCAAGCCCAGUUCAACAGAAUCCUCAGAAUAAUUCGCAAUUCAAUUUCACUCAUCCACAACUCAAAAGAAGCGAUAGCGAAACUUCUCAAAACUUUGGAAAUGACGUGUUGCAACAAAAUCAGGCAGCUAUUCCUCACAUCAUGCUUCCAUCUCCUUCCCUUCCAAAUUUGGCAGCCAUGGGGGCAUUCCCAAAUGUUAACUUGAAUCUCGACUUGAACGCAUUUAUGGCAGUUGCAAAUCUUUCCCCAUUCCUCAGUCUUCCAAGUCUACUCAAUAAGAAACUCGAACUUGGUGGAAUCACUGAUGACCCAGAGCGCAGCGGCUUGAUGGGUUCAAGUUCAACUGCAAGCCUCACUCAAGCGAUGGGCUUGCCUGCUGGUCAUCCAUAUCAUUCCCUUCUAAAGCAGCAAAUUCGUGAUCUCGUGCUUCGUAGAAAAUCACUUGUGCGGGAAGAGCCAGAAGAUGGAGCCGAUGAAAUAAUGAACGGGCUCCUUCCAUCAGCGAAAUUACAACAUUUGCAAGCUCUUGCAACGGAAGCUGGUCUUCCAAGUGGCCUCCACAGCGGUGAGAUUCCAACUGGUCUUGCAUAUGAUGGUUCGAUGGCAAAACAUGAAUGCGUGUGCGGAAACAGUGCAUCUCAUGUAGAACAUGGCGGAAGAAUUCAAAGUAUUUGGUCGAGACUGGUCGAACGAGGACUAGUUCAACAAUGUGAAAAAGUACCAGCAAAGAAAGCAAGCUUGGAGCAUCUUCAAUUAGUGCACAGCCCAACAUACACUACUUUCUUCGCUGUUUCUCCAACAGCCUGUUUUAAAAUCGACGCGAAUGCGUUGCCAGUUAAAAGCUUUGUUCAACUACCGUGUGGCGGAAUUGGUGUUGAUUCAGACACAUAUUUCAAUGACGCGAGCACUCAAACGGCUGUGAGGCUCGCUGCAGGAUCGUUGAUUGAAUUAGCGUCGCAGGUCGCCGAGAAUCGCUUGAAAAAUGGAUUUGCAUGUAUCCGACCACCAGGUCAUCACGCGGAAAAAGAAAUUGCAAUGGGUUUCUGCUUCUUCAAUAACGUUGCUAUUUGCGCGAAAGCGCUACAAACCAAAUAUCCAUCUCAGUGUGCAAGAAUAGCAAUUAUUGACUGGGACGUUCACCAUGGAAAUGGAACUCAAUUAACCUUUGAAGACGACCCAAAUGUCCUCUACGUAUCUCUUCAUCGCCAUGAUAAUGGCAAUUUCUUUCCUGGAACUGGAUCGGUUACAGAAGUUGGAAAGAAUGCGGGAAAGGGUUUCACUGUAAACAUUCCAUUCUCUGGAGGAGUGAUGCGAGAUGCGGACUACCUCGCAGCCUGGCGAAGCGUUGUCGAGCCAGUGUUGGAAAGUUAUCAGCCUAAUUUCAUAUUGGUUUCUGCUGGUUUUGACGCUGCUCAAGGACAUCCAAAUGCACUUGGAGGAUAUGAAAUAUCUCCGGAAUUGUUUGGAUACAUGACAAAGUCAUUGACGAACUACGCUGAUGGCAAAGUUGUUCUUGCCCUCGAAGGUGGAUAUGACUUGACAAGCAUUUCGCAGUCGGCAGAGCAAUGCGUUCAAGCGCUUAUUGGCACAAGCGAUGACGCUGGUCGUCUCAGUACUCGUGCUCUUGAGUCGAUUCCAUGUUUAAAUGCUCAGGAGACUAUUCAAAAGGUCAUUGCGAUUCAUAAAACCCACUGGCCAAAAUUGACAUCUCAACAAGGUGUAAUCACUUCAAGUGAGAUGCAGUGGCGAAGUGUUCAGCGCAAUCUCAUGUAA